AUGCAUGCAGAUGAAAAGGACUCAUUUAACAUGUUUAAAAAGAUGAAGGCAUUUGGAAGAAUCAAAGAAGAAUUUGUUGGUGUUAUAAUGAUCAAGGCCAAACCACUAGGAUUUUACCACAAUGUUACCCACGAGCUGGAACUAGGAAACCCACCUUACAAACAUAAUUUGGAACAGUCAUUUGCUUUUGGUGGAUCCACCAAACUGCCCACUAUAGAUAAUUACACGGAUAAUGUUGACAGUAUAUCAUUCAAGUAUUCUUGUGUAUUCCUGUUUGUAUUUUUGGUGGAUCCACCAAGUAUUUUUUUUGGUGGUUCCUCCACUCAGUUUCUCUCAAUGGGUUGUUUCAGUGUCUUAACACUGGUGGAUUCACCAACGUCGUUUUUUAAGUAUCGUCAUUAUCAAAAUGGUGGUUUGAACUUCGAACUCUUUGGUGACGGAUUUGUUGCAGAGAUAGAGGAAAUGACAGUUAUUUCUCCUUUUACCAAAUAUAUGAAAAAUCUCUGUCACAGGAAAAGUUCGAGUCUUAUACUUUGUAAAUUCCCCCCUUUGUCACCAAGAGCAUUAAGAGGGAAUACAAUAGAUUCGUUUAGCUUAACUCUACAGUUCGAUGAUUUUACGUACAUAUUACCAAACAAAGUUGAUUAUAAGAGGGAUCCCACAUUCAACCCCCUAAACAACAAUAAAACGUUUGUCUUUGAUCCCGCAGCCGGAGACAAUACAAUAGUCAUCACGGUGCACCUGGGAUUUCUUACCACUGUUAUUGGGUCUCUGCAGUAUCCUACCAAAAGAACCAGUCAUUUUCAGUAUGAAGUAAUAGCUUUUGUUUCCGUCCCUGCAAUCGUUGUUGGUCUUGUUUUGAUGGCUUGCCUAUAUCGAAGAAGAAACAGGAGAGAGUUAGAGACAUUUGAUAAUCAGGAAAUCAAUUUAGGAUACGAAAUGCUGCUAACUUCUCCUACAAAUUAUAGACGUGGAGUUAGUGAAAGCAUUAUGGUUGUGCUUAAGGAUAAACACUUACUUAUUUCGUCAGACGAUCUACAUCUUGGGGAUGUUGUUGGUCAAGGAAACUUUGGAAUUGUAUACGAGGGAACUCUAAAAUGUGGAAACACCAUGGAGAAAGUUGCAGUCAAAACGUUGCAUAAACGCAAUCCAAGGAAAAUUGACAUCGAUGAGUUCAUUAAUGAGGCCUUACAGAUGUUUAAUUUUCAGCACGAAAAUGUAAUGCCACUAACAGGAAUUUGUCUGUCUUUAGACGAAAUGCCACUUAUUGUUCUACCUUUUAUGCAACAUGGGAAUCUUCUGACAUUUAUCAUGAAAACUGACAGGGUGCUGACUCUCAUUCGUUUACUGCAGUUUGGCCUUGACAUUGCCAAAGGAAUGCUGUAUAUAUCAACUAAAUGCAUAGUUCACCGUGAUUUAGCUGCAAGAAACUGCUUGCUGGAUGAAAAUGAAGUCGCCAUUGUGUCUGACUUUGUAUUAUCACGUGAUAUCUAUGAAAAAGAUUACUACACCAGCAGUAAUCAGAAAUGUAAACUUCCGGUUAAAUGGAUGGCACCAGAAAGUCUAGAGAAAGGCAUCUAUAACACACAAUCGGAUGUGUGGUCUUAUGGUGUAGUGCUUUGGGAGCUUUUGACAAGAGGAAGUAAGCCAUACCCGGAAGUUGACGGUUGGGAUAUGCUUAAAUAUUUAAAGUCAAACCGUAGACUACAUAAACCGUUGUACUGUCCGGAUGUUGUGUACAGACUUACGGAAAAGUGUUGGGCACUAGACCCUUGUAAUCGACCUACUUUCUCAGACAUCGUGGAAGAGCUUACUAGUCUGAUUGCAACAAGAGAUCAGCAUUUCUCGAAAGAAAAUACUUUCGAAAAUAUAGAGGAUAUAAACAUCAGCACAGAAGUAGAUUUUGAUUGUUGAACAAUUUCAAAGAGGAAAAUUUUGCAAUACAGACUUUGUGCAUAUUUAUGUUGAUAAAAAUUUUAUAAAG